AGUUUGGAGAGAAUGUUUGAGUUUAAUCAAUUCAGAGCGACGAGAUGGAGCCUAACUCACUCCUGUGGGUAGGCUCACCUUGUGGUUUACACGGACCUUACAUUUUUUACAAGGCGUUUAGAUUUCACCAUGAAGGCAAAGCGAGAAUUUUGUCCCUGGGUGAUUUUUUCUUGGUCAGAUGUAAACCAGAGGAUCCGAUCUGCAUAGCAGAAGUGCAGCUCUUAUGGGAGGAAAGGACAACCAAGCAACUUUUAUCCAGCUCCAAACUUUAUUUUCUCCCAGAACACACUCCCCAGGGCAGAAAUGUCACGCACGGAGAGGACGAAGUUAUCGCAGUCUCAGAAAAGGUCAUUGUGAAGUUGGAGGAUCUGGUGAAAUGGACGGUGUCAGAUUGGUCGUGUUGGAAGAAGGGUCUUCGGGCCAUGCCCCUGAAACCCACCAUUCUCAAGGAGCUCAGCAAGAACUGCCAGAAAGAAGUGCUCCACAAAUACAGAGAGUCUACACUCAACAGUGGCCUCAACUUCAAAGACGUACUCAAAGAGAAGGCUGAACUCGGUGAUGAUGGGGAAGAUAGAAGGGUUCUGGUACUGAGUUACCCUCAAUACUGUCGGUAUCGCUCCAUCAUUGUACGACUGCGGGAGCGGCCCACCUCCCUCCUGACGGACCAUGUGGUGCUGGCCUUGGGGGGCAUCGCCUCUCUCACUAACAACACCCAAAUCAUGUACUGCAGGGACACGUUUGAGCACCCCACAUUGGUGGACAACGAGAGUGUAUGCGAUAAUUCCGCACCCAACCUGAAGGGCCGGCCCCGGAAGAAGAAGCUCUCAAUCUCCCAGCGACGGGACUCGCAGGGGCCGGGCGGCACUGGCAAGGAGCCCAGCUGUGUGGAGGGCAAGUCUCCUGUUAAGGUGAAGGUGGACUCAAAAUCAGGGGUGUCUAAAUCCAGGAACAACAGCAGUGGCAGCACCUGUAAACGGGUGCCGACGGAGGACAAGCCCAAGGUGGAGGUGGGUGAGGAGUGCCGUACAGAUGAGCAGGCCUUCCUGGUGGCGCUCUAUAAGUACAUGAAAGAAAGGAAAACCCCCAUUGAGAGGAUACCAUACCUGGGCUUCAAACAGAUAAACCUUUGGACUAUGUUUCAAGCGGCUCAGAAACUGGGAGGAUACGAAGUGAUCACAGCUCGCCGACAGUGGAAAAAUGUAUAUGAUGAGCUGGGUGGCAAUCCAGGAAGCACCAGCGCCGCCACAUGCACACGAAGACACUACGAGAGGCUCAUCCUGCCCUAUGAGAGAUUUACAAAAGGAGAGGAGGAUAAACCGCUUCCUCUCGCCAAACCCCGCAAACAGGAGAGCAGUGCCCAGGAUGGGGCUGUCAAAGCAAAGGUGACAACCAUGAAGCGCCAUAAGGACGAACAAAACCCAAGGUCUCGGACCGAAAAGGACGCCACUGCUAAAGUCCUGGAGCUGGGAGUGGAGGACAAAGAGGACAAGGAACAACUCCAAGAGAAGUUGUUGGAAAAGCAGGAGAGCCAGCAGAUCCAGGCUCUAGCCCAGAAGAACGGAGAUGCAAAGAGUCCUCUUACUGAAGAUGAGGGCGUGCAGCUGGUUGUCAAGGAGGAAGAGGAGAAACAUGUGCUCCAUAGCACAUAUGAGGGGGCAAAUGGGAAUGUGCUGUCCUCACUUCCGCAAGACGGUGCACCACUCCAGUCAGAGGAUUGUGAUGUGUUUCCUGUUGCUGCCAUGCCUCUGCAUCACACCCACCCUCUUCCCAGGUCUCAGACUCCGGACCAAUGGCAGCAUGGGAUGCUGGAAUACAAAGUACCUACAGCAGCACUUGGAAACUUGGAACCAUCUGGGCUAAAGGAGAGCCAAAACCAGGUUGGAAUGGUGCUGCCCACUCUGAAGCAGAAAACCCUCACAACUCCAGAAAUCCCACCUGAAAGGGCAGAACCCCCUAGAAAGGAAGAAGGAUGUUUCAGUUAUAAUCCACUCCUCUACCCCAGGGGUAAUCCUGGCAUCAUGUCCCCCUUAGCCAAGAAGAAGAUGUUGUCUCAAGUCAGUGGCACAGGACUGCAUAAUAAAUACCCAUAUGGACCACCACCUCCAUUAGUCAGUAGGAGGUUAUCAUUAGGUGGUACAGAAGGGUCAUCUGCUGGACAGCAAAGCUCCCAGGCUCCAUCUACUACAGAAAAAAACAUGGUGAUCAAACGGCCAUCAGUUAUCCAGCAUGCUCAGAGCUUCAAGUCCAAGAGUUGUGAGGAUAGGAGGUCCUCAACAGAGGCCUCUCAGAAAGAGGGAUGUAGAGAGGGAGAACCACUAUCCCAGCCACAGCUUAGCCAGAUUAGAGAGCCAUAUCUUAUGAGGGCCGAUCCCCAUUCCAGCACGGAGAAAUCUGCAGAGAUGCCUCGUCCUGGCCAGGCUCCCAGCUUCCUGGGUGACUUUUAUUCCUCACCGCACCUACACAAUCUCUGCCGACAAACUGAGCACCACCUGAGCAAGGAACAGAUAAGCAAGUAUCUUAGCAGGGACACUUACCCUCGGGAUUGUGAGACCGCACAGGGCUUCCCAUCAACCCAGCAUCCUGACAACUUUGGGUUAAGUUACUCUGCCCGGCUUAGUCAGAAAGAGAAGGGGUCUCCUUCAGAAAGGGUAGCAGAGGAGCAACCAACUGAUCUGAGCCUGCCAAAACCCUCUCCUCAAAAACCCCUUUCCACAUCCUCUCUCUGUGGUAUCCAACAUCCUACAAUGCAUCAGGACAUUAAAAAAUGUCCUCUCUAUCAAGCAAGCAAUGGUCAGAGCUUAAAUCUAGAUUACCAUCCCAGGGCCUGCCGGGUUCCUCCCUUGACUGUGUCCACACCUAAAAAUGUAGCAGAAUCACACCCAAGAAUUUUGGAGAAAGUACACAAUGGCAGAGGAGAUGAGUCCUUGGGCUACAAGAUUGAGGAAAUGGCUCGCCCUAUUCUGAGCGCCAAAUGCAGUACACAGAAUAUCUGCACUACACGGCCACUGAAAAGGAACACUGAGGAAUUGGAGAAUGGACCACCGGAGAAGAAGAUCCGGGCUGUGACACCCUUGCACUGCUCUACACAAAGAGAUGGCCCAAGGAAAACACGGACACCAGAGGUUGAUGGUGAGUCCAUGAAGCUGGCAGAUCCUGCACAUGCAGUGCACAUCAACAACUACACUCCAGAGGGACACAAGUUUCCCUUACACUCCCACUUGUUCCAAGGGCUGUAUCCAGGGACAUUUGUAUCUCAGGUACAGGACAUGUGUGAAAGCUUGGGCUCCCAUGUCACUCCAAGUUACUCCCAUCCACUGCAGUACUUGAAGAACCAGGCUGUGAUAUCACCCCUCAUGCCCCCCUUUGCCAUCCAUUCCUUAAUGAUGCAGAGACAGUUUCUGGCUGCCAACCCAACUCACAUGUACAGGCAUCAAGUUGGGACAUCAUACGGGGACCUUCUACACCCUGGCCUCUAUCCCAUGUCGGCCCUUCACCCCCAGCCAGCUUUCAGUUCCCCGGAACUCUCUUCAGUGCACCCCAGCACAAAACUCUCCUAGGUGACUUUAGCUGUAGACCCCCAACCUACGCUUAAUAACUCAGACUUGAUCCUCCCCAGAAAUCCUAUUAAGCAUGGUCACACUAUGUAUCAAAGAAAUAGCUGUGUUUUAUAAAUGCUUUAACACGGGAGCCUUUGUUUCUGUUAUGUACCUUCUUGCCACUCAAAUUUAUGAUUUGCACAUUUGUUUGAACAGGGGCCAACUGGGCUUAUUGUGGCUUGUUCUCACCGCACUGUUUGAAAGUGUCAGUUGUCUUGUUAGAAAACAUGUUGCCUUGGCACAGGUGCUCAAGUGGAGAUGGGCAUAAUGUCCACAGAGGUGUCCAAAGGAAAGUCGAGUGACAAAUCAGUGCAAUGCAGCAGUGCUAUUUAAGUCAACUUUCAGAACUCUUUCAUCUGAAACACUAUGAUACGAUAAUGCAAGAGCUGCCUGGUUAGAUGGUUAAAUCUUUUAAAAUUACUCUUGACUGUGCAUUUUGUUGUUGUUAUUUUUAAUGUAACAGUGAGUUAGUUCUGUGUUUAUUUUUCAAUCCUAUAAGGGUUAAGCAAUGAGAUAUCACAUUUGAUAAAAAUGCAAAAAAGAGACUUGAGUAUUGCAGUUUGGUGUGUUACACGGUUACAUGUAAAUAAAACGAAUUAAGCUUUCCUUGAAGGAAUCUUGAACGUUAGUGAUAAAAUGUGAUAUAGGCUUCACAAGCUUCAUGGACGACUGUAUGCUGGCUCCCUAUCAGCUCUUCUCACAUCCAGCCAAACUUGCUCCCGUUCAUCAGAGCAAUGUGGAAUAUGUUUGUCAAAUGUAGGACUGAGGUGCUUGUACAUAACCUUCACAAACUGAACACACUUUGUAUCAUGUUCACUCGCUACUGUAAUUUUGGACUGCUCUUAACUGUGGGGCUAGAGAGCGAUUUUGAAUUUUGGACUUUAUUGCAAGAAGAUAAACAGCAGUGUCUACAGGACUACUUACAUGUAUGUGUCAGAAAAUGAGUUUUGUAUUCGCUAGUGUACAGUUGUGAUAGCUUACUCAGAGGACUUUUUUAUCAGGAGAUACAACUGAAAUUUUAAACUACAUUUGGGGAAAAUACAUUUUAGGAGCACUUGCUUAAGCACACACACAGGCGUUUCCAUCUGUUUCUGUUUAAGGAUAGCUAACAAAAUGUGUUUUGUUUAUUGUUUAAAUAUUAGGUCUGUACUGUAAGUGCUGGCAGCAGUCAAAUUUGCAUCUGUAUUAAAUGAAGUGUAACACUUGCCGAAAAAGUUUGUAGUUAAAAAAGGCAUGAUUUCUUUGCACAAAAGAUUUUGGGAACAUACCAAGACAAUUUGAAAGCAACACAAUACUCCUAGGGGUAAUCAAUUAUGUUUUAUUUUUCUUUUCUUUUUUUCUUUGAUGUAUUAGUAGUAGAAACUAAACUUCAAGAAAUGUAUUACUCCAACAAUUUCUGGAGUAGCACUCAAGGUUGCUAUGUAACAUUUUGUAAUGAGUAAUAAACAGUUUUAUAACUUAAAAGAAAAAUCAGUUUCAUCCACAUACGUUUUAGCAAAUGUUUUUUUGUCCAAACACAACUUUCAUGUUUGAAUGAUCUAUUCCUUUAAAUGUAUGCGAUCUCUAAGCGUACUCCUCUGCCCGACUUAGCAUGUUUUGUGCCAAAGCUAUUGGCUAGAAAUAGAAAACACAUGUAGACAAAUAUAUUUUUCUAUGAAUAAUACUUCUGUAUUAGAAAUAUGUUGCUUUAUAUGCAAAAAAAAAAAAAAAAAAGUGUGACCUAUUUGAAUGAGUUUAUAUUU